AUGGACACACCUCGCCUCGAGCUGCACCGCCCCACCAACGGACCCCUGGUCGCCGUCGUGCGCAUGCCUGACAUCCCUGAGCGGAUUGAACAGGCUCACAUGCCCAUCUAUAUACACCUCCCUCAGCCGCCCAGCAUCGAUGACACCAUCGAGCUCUUCACGCUCGCCCCGCACCAGGCCGUGCCCUUCAUGCUUAUGGCCCAGUACUUCGACCGCCGUGAUGAGCCUGACCCUGGCGACCCACCGCAGAUGCUGGUGGAGGGCAAGCCCGGCACCGGAAAGACCCAAUUCAUACAGGCGCUGCUCUGGUACACAUUCCAGCAUGGCUGCCCGCACUGGGCGGCCACCUGCGCCUACUCCUGGGCCGCCACAGCUGCCUUCAACACGCCAGUGCACAGCAGCCUCUCCACACACGCCAUGUUUGCCCUCUCCGCUGGCAACAACCAAGCGGAGAGUGUCAGGAAAGGCAGCGCUGCCAGCCUACAGGUGCACCGCAAUGCCGGCACUGGUGCGCUCAUCAUUGAUGAGAUCGGCAUGAACAGCCUACACCACCUGGGCGCUAACGCUUCAUCUGUAACUGAGCCUUCCACAACCAAGCAAGUGGCCAAGCACUUGUCCUCCACCAUACCAUUGAAGUACCAGGUGGUCGUUAAGAAGGUUGUGAAGCCCGACGCCAUCAAGAUAAACAAGUGGUACACGUGCGGGUUCCUUAUCCUUGGGGUUACCUGGGACACCCUGUCGUCCGCAUUGGCGAAGAAGGACAAGCUUAAGGGCGCAGUGAAGGACACAACCGACGUUGUUGACCUUAAGAAGUUGGGGAAGCGGUGGAUGGCGGCGCUCUUCCGGUCACUGACUGGAGACAGCCUCUCUAAGGUUCAGCAGGAAGACAAGGCUACGUACGACGCUGUCUAUGACGCCUUGAAGGCGAAGCUGCAGAACGCGAUGGCAAACCAUCAGUCAGAGAAGAAGAAGUCGGACUUCUUCAAGGCCAUCAGACUGACGACUGCAGACAAGGCUAAGCUCGAGACCGUGGCGACCAUGGACGCCGUCAGUGCGACCAAGCUCUUUAAGGAGUGGGUGACUGCCCAUGUCGAGGUCAGCACUCAGCCAGCAGGUCAGGAACGCAAGAAGAGCAACCACACGGCUGCAACUGAGGGCCAGGCCAACGUUAUGGAGACGCAGCAGGAGCCCCUCGGCCAGAAGAGCAGCCGCCAGGAUGGGGAUGAGGGAGAUGAUGGGGACUACAGCGGGGAGGACGAGGGCGAGGGCAGGGAAGACGAGGGCGAGUGCGCGGAGGAUGAGGGCGGGGAGGAUGAGGGUGGGGAGGACGAGGGAGGGGAGGAUGAGGGAGGGGAGGACGAGGGAGGGGAGGAUGAGGGAGGGGAGGAUGACGAGGGGACGGGGGGCAAAGUCCUGCUCGAGGAGUACGGCAGAAGCAAGAGCCAGAAGGUCCACAGCAAGUCCGUGCCUCAACCAACUGGGCGCCGCAAGGUCCUGGUGACCGGAAAACAUGACAAAGGUAAAUUGUAG